CCCUUGUCCCCAGCCCCGCGAGUCUGGGCUCCGGACGGCGCCCUGACUCCUUCCUCCUCCCCUUCGCUGGGCUCCGGGCGAUCGCCCCGCGCUGGUGGGGCUCCCAGUCCUCGGGAGCCGGCUCCUCUGCGCGGCCCCAGCUCGAGUUAAUAAACAGUUAAGUUUGGAAGACUCAGCAGACACGUUGAGGGGGAGUUACCCAGCCCAGGCAGCAAAAACAUCCCGGCGCAUUCCUGGGGAGUCCUCUGCUGCCAGCAUCUGAUUAGAACCAUAUCUCGCCGGGAGUGGCCCGCGGCUCCGAGGCUCCCGGGCCGGCGGCUAUUUAAGCGCGGCCGCCGUGUCGGCUGCGCGGUAGCCAGGCGGCUCAGGCACCCCCGGGAAGUCAUGCUCGCAUCGCGGAGGCGCUAGCUAGCCUGUGUCUGCAGCAGGUUAUGUUUGUUUGAGACAUCUCCAUCGGGGAUCGCUGGGUGUCACUAAGUGUCUGCUGGUGCUGGAGUUGGCUGUCUGCCUUCUUGCCAUGUCUAACGAAGCAGAAACGAGUGCAACUAAUGGUCAGCCUGACCAACAGGCCGCACCAAAGGCACCAUCAAAGAAGGAAAAGAAAAAAGGCACUGAAAAGACAGAUGAAUAUCUUUUGGCCAGAUUCAAAGGUGAUGGUGUGAAAUACAAGGCCAAGCUAAUCGGCAUUGAUGAUGUGCCCGAUGCAAGAGGGGAUAAAAUGAGCCAAGAUUCUAUGAUGAAACUAAAGGGAAUGGCGGCAGCUGCUCGGUCUCAGGGACAACACAAACAAAGGAUCUGGGUCAACAUUUCUCUUUCUGGAAUAAAAAUCAUUGAUGAGAAAACUGGGGUAAUAGAACAUGAACAUCCAGUAAAUAAGAUUUCUUUCAUUGCCCGUGAUGUGACAGACAACCGAGCAUUUGGUUAUGUGUGUGGAGGAGAAGGCCAACACCAGUUUUUUGCCAUAAAAACAGGGCAACAGGCUGAGCCACUAGUUGUUGAUCUUAAAGACCUUUUCCAAGUUAUCUAUAAUGUAAAGAAAAAGGAAGAAGAAAAGAAAAAGAUGGAAGAAGCCAACAAAGCAGUAGAGAAUGGGAGUGAGGCCCUAAUGAAUCUUGAUGACCAAGCUUGCAAACUGAAAUUGGGUGUUGACCAGAUGGAUUUGUUUGGGGACAUGUCUACACCUCCUGACCUAAGUAGUCCAACAGAAAGCAAAGAUAUCCUGUUAGUGGAUCUAAACUCUGAAAUCGACACCAAUCAGAAUCCUUUACGAGAAAAUCUAUUCUUAACAAAUGGCAUCACCUCCUGCUCUCUUCCUCGACCAAAGCCUCAGGCAUCUUUCUUGCCUGAAAAUGCCUUUUCUGCCAAUCUCAACUUCUUUCCCACCCCUAACCCUGAUCCUUUCCGUGACGAUCCUUUUGCACAGCCAGACCAAUCGACACCCUCUUCGUCUGAUUCUCUCAAAUCUCCAGAUCAGAAGAAAGAGAAUUUGAGUAGCUCGUCUACCCCUCUGAGUAAUGGGCCCCUGAAUGGGGAUGUUGAUUACUUUGGUCAGCAAUUUGACCAAAUCUCUAACCGGACUGGCAAACAGGAAGCUCAGGCAGGCCUGUGGCCCUUAUCAAGUACGCAAACACAGCCAGCAGUGAGAACUCACAAUGGGGUAUCUGAAAGAGAACAGAACGCCUUCCAUAUCAAAUCCUCCCCGAACCCUUUUGUGGGAAGCCCUCCCAAAGGACUGCCCGUACCGAAUGGCGUAAAGCAGGACUUGGAAAGCUCUGUCCAGUCCUCACCACAUGACUCCAUAGCCAUUAUCCCACCUCCACAAAGUACCAAACCGGGAAGAGGCAGAAGGACUGCUAAGUCUCCAGCAAAAGACUUACUUGCAUCAGACAUCUUUGCUCCUCCCGUCUCAGAACCUCCAGGCCAGACAUCUACAGGACAACCUGCCACCCUACAGACCAACCCCCUGGACCUCUUCAAAACCAGUGCUCCUGCCCCAGUAGGGCCCCUUGGGGGUCUAGGUGGUGUGCCAGUUAUAUCUGCUCAGACAGGACCGUGGAACCCAGCACCCUUAGUCUUCAGUCAAUCCACUACAAUGGUCCCGGGCACUAUGAUGGCUCGUCAGCCUUCAGGAUUCAGUCAGCCAAUCGUCUUUACCACAAGCCCAGCUGUUCCAGGUUGGAACCAGCCUUCAUCCUUUGCAGCCUCAGCUUCACCUCCAGCACCUGUAGUCUGGGGCCCAUCAGCAUCCGUGACACCCAAUACGUGGUCAUCAACCAGCCCGCUGGGGAAUCCUUUUCAGAGCAAUGUUUUUCCAGCUCCUGCUGUGUCAGCCCAGCCCCCUUCUAUGCUCUCCUCUCUCCUGGUCACUCCUCCUCAACCACCUCCCAGAACUGGCCCUCCGAAGGACGUCUCCAGCGAUGCCUUCGUUGCCUUGGACCCACUUGGGGACAAAGAAGUCAAGGAAGUGAAAGAAAUGUUUAAGGACUUCCAACUGCGGCAGCCACCUACUGUGCCAGCAAGGAAAGGAGAACAGAAUUCCUCUGGGACUUCAAGUGCCUUCUCCAACUACUUCAACAACAAAGUUGGCAUUCCUCAGGAGAAUGCAGACCAUGAUGACUUUGACGCUAAUCAACUGUUGAGAAAGAUCAAUGAACUACCAAAGCCAGCUCCCAGACAAGGUGCCCUGCCAGUUACCAAAUCUGCUGACAAUGCAUUUGAGAACCCCUUCUCUAAAGAUUCUUUCCGUUCAUCACCAGCCUCUGAACUUGGCAUACUGACUAUCCAGAGGAACAAAAAGGUUGGCCUUAGUAGUCAAGGACAAAGCUAAUAAGCAGACAAGUCCUGACCUCUGCCCUCGUUCUAGCUUUGACAUAUUAUCUGUUGCCUUAUUUCUUGCUGCCUCUUCCACUUGUAGAAUGCCUUCCACUUUCUGUUUAGCUAAACUGAAUCUAUGGCUUUAAAUAAAUUAAGAACCUAAACUCUCUAGCUUAAAUGUAAAUGAAGUAGUUUUCCCUCCUUGAACCCUUGUUUAUUGUGUCCCUAGAACCUUCUAGAACACUGUGCUGUGUACCCUCUGGCUGGGUGAUGCAGCCACCACAACCCCUCAGAUCAUACUGUUUUGAAUAAAUUUUAAAAUUCUUGCUGUUCAGAGUGUUUCGGGGUUCUGUUUCAGAGCAUAAAACCUAAAGAUUGUGGUAGAACAAGGCACCUUCUUAAACCUUGCUUCAGACCAUCAUUUACAGAGCAUUUUUAAAGUAAAAUGGAAGCAAGUUCAGUUUCUCUCUGGGUACUCUGAACACACCUAAGAACGUUUUUAAAGAUAUAACUUCUCUUUCUGAACAUUAUUCUUCUCUCAAGGGCAAAAUUGUCCUUUCUCCAAUCUCUUGCUAGCUAUUGCAAAUGAGGGAAAAUCAUUUUUCAUCUCUCCUCUUCUUUUCCCUCUGAUUCUCUUUUCAGUCAUUUUUACUCCUGGGUUUAUAUAACAUUACCGCUCUUUCACAAACAACAGAGUUUUAUGGGGCAAAAAAAUCUAAUGAUUCACAGAUCUGAAGCCUCUCUGCCUUCUCAGUAAUCUCUAAUCCCAGUAACUAGAAUUGCAAAUGGGCACAACCUUUAUCCUUUCUAUGGAAUAGGAGGCCAUCCUCCUGAGCUGAAGUUCCAGAAGAACAGUUCAUGUUGAAGAAAAAUUGAACUCAACUCAGCAAAGAAGGACCGUAUUCUGAAGAGAAACACAUCACAAAGUUAAAUGUGAUAGUGCCAAACAUGUUAGGUGCUUACUUGGGGUAAUGCCAGGCCUUUAUCAAGUAACUGGAAAGCUUUCUUGAUGCCACACAGUCUUUCUUACAGUUAGUAGGAUGAUAAAUGGGGGGGGAAAAUCUGCGGUGUUAUCAUUAAAAAUCUAAUGCCUGCAAUAUUUUUCUCCUCAUAACCUUGGAAACCUUUCCAGUUCAUUUUCAGUCCUAUUGUCAGCACAGUUCAAAGGGUUUGUUCUUGCCAUAUGAGUUUUGUUUUGUUUUGUUUUGUUUUGUUUAUGUUGGGUUUUUUAAUGUUGUCUCUUGACCCCUAGUGCUCAGGUUCUUGUGGGUGUUAAUCAACCACAUACAAUGUUAUCUUUAGGUGGAAGAAGAGGAUGACUGCUCAGGAUCUAAACAAGAUGAUGGCCUCAUGAACCUCUACUGAUUAGCUCCAAGUAGUCCGAGCUAAAGUCCUGUGGUUUUACGUUGAAUGAUAAUAGCUGAUCACGUAUGGCAUCAUUUUCCAUCUGACUUCCCACUCAGUCAUUAUCAACACAGACUUGAAAUAGUAUUUUAUAUGUCCAAAUACCUAAAUGUGCUAACUGGAGGCAAUUAUUUCUAGGGAACUGAAUUUUUGAAAGUAGAAAAAUUUUGAAAGUGAUGACCAGCCACACAAUUGUUUUGUACAUACUUAUUUUCCUGUGCACUUUUCUGUAUGCAAAGAAAGCUAUAAAUUUACUCAUUUCAAUAAACUGGAAUGGCAGAA